GACUUCUAUCUGAUAUCGUAUAACAUAAUAUCUUCUAUCCUCACGACAAAUUCCCAUACAUCAAACACCCAACUUGGUGAUCGAAAGGAACACCCAAUUACUUGGUGAUCGAAAGGAACACCCAAUUACUUGGUGAUCGAAAGGACCCGAAGACAUUCCAAGAUUAGAUAACAUGCAGAACAAUAUCUGAUCAAUACAAAGAAAUUAGUUUAUGUGUUUGGCUGAGUGAGUUAACGGUAAAGAAAAGCGUAAGAUUGGGAAAAUGUGGUUGUUUGGGAGGAAAGGGAAAUCUGAAUUUUCAGGGAAUUCAACAGCUGAACAAGUUACCAAUGGAGUUGAUGGUAGCGGUCUCACUGCCAUUGUAACAGGAGCAUCAAGCGGGCUUGGUGCUGAAACAACACGAGUUCUAGCUCUUCGUGGUGUUCAUGUAAUCAUGGUGGAUAAGAAUAUGAAUGCUGGAACAGAGGUUAGGGAUAAAAUACUCCAAGAAAUCCCGUGUGCUAAGGUUGAUAUUAUGGAGUUGGAUUUGAGCUCAAUGACAUCUGUUAGAAACUUUGCAUCAGAAUUCAAGUCCCUUAAUUAUCCCUUGAACAUUUUAAUUAACAAUGCAGGAGUUUUUGGUCCUCCAUUUAGUCUCUCCCAAGACAACAUAGAACUGCAAUUUGCGACGAAUUACUUAGGUCAUUUUCUGUUGACAAAUCUGGUGUUGGGAAUCAUGAAAAAUACGGUUCUAGAAAGUGGUAAAGAGGGUAGGAUUGUGAACGUUUCAUCGGAAGGUCAUCGAUUCACAUAUAAUGAAGGAAUCCUUUUUCAUAAACUCAAUGAUCCAUCAGGGUACUCAAGAAUAUGUGCAUAUGGUCAAUCAAAACUUGCUACACUUUUGCAUGCCAGUGAGCUAGCCAGAAAGCUUAAGGAAGAUGGAGUUCAAAUAACUGUCAAUUCAGUUCAUCCUGGAUAUAUACGUACUAAUAUUCUCUACAUUAACAGCCUGAUGAAUGCUCUAUAUAAUACGCUCAUCCACGCUAUCCGUUUCAUCCUCAAAGAUAUUCCACAAGGAGCAGCCACAACAUGUUAUGUGGCUUUGCAUCCGGAAAUGAAAGGCAAAAGUGGUGAAUACUUUAAUAACUGUAAUUUAUCCAAGCCUUCUAAGCUAGCUCAAGAUGUCACCUUGGCCAGGAAAUUGUGGGAUUUCAGUAUGGACUUAAUUGGUUAG